AUGAUCGACAUCUCUGCCUCCUCGGCCGACCACCACACAGGCCACACCGAUUCUGGAUCAGUGCCGGCUCUAGAGCCCCCGCAGGACUAUGAUCACGGGCAAUCAGACCAUGGCCACAGCCAUCAUCAUCACCCUGGGGGCCACCAAGAUCCAGAUAUAUUAUUUCCCAUUCCAGCUACAUAUCUAGACCAGACAGGCAACAUCAAUGCCACAAAUUCUAGUUUGCCAUUUCUCUCCUACGGGAGCUUCCCUGAAAAUGCUCAGCAGAGGCGGAGACCGACUCAGUAUGUGGAGGAUGCCUUCCAGGGUGUCUUUGGGGUGAUCAUUGUCGUUCUUAUGGUGUUCUUUUUAGUGGGUGUGGUUCUUCAGUGA